CGCGACCCAAGCCUGCUUGGACCACGCCUGCGCAGACCGUCUGUCAUGGCGGCUUUCUUAGUCCCACAGCAAGGGUUUGGCGUGGAACUUCAGCCCAGGGUCAUGACGGGUGCAUCCCAGGAAUAACAUGGGCCCAGCCAUGGAUGAGGUCACCUUCAAAAGCGACCCUGUGCUGUCAGAUGUCCACCUGUACACCCCCAACCAGAGACACCUCAUGGUGCGGCUGAAUGGCAUGGGGCAGCCAGUCUUCCUGUCCCAGUUCAAGCUCCUGUGGAGUCAGGACUCUCGGACAGACUCAGGGGCUGAGGACAAUGGUCCCCAAGAUGUCUCCACACAGGAGACACCUCCUGCUGGGUCAGGAAGUGGCCACAGUCAUGAGGAUUUGUCCCUCCAGGCUGGGGAUGACAGCACCAUCCAGGAAGGGUUGAGUGUUCCCCUGGACGAGGAUGGGGACCUGGAUGUGGUACGAAGACCCCGGGCUUCUGACCCCAACCCAGCAGAGCCCGCAAGACACAAGGUACACCCCGUGAUUCUAGCACAGGAAGAAGAUGACCUCGUGGGAGACCAAGAGCAUGAGAGCUGCCCUCACAGCAUCAUCAACAUAGGGACGUUUCUUUCUUGGUUUCUAUCCUGUCCAGAGCAUACCAUGGCCACGCCCCUGGAGGAUGUAGGCAAGCAGGUGUGGCGGGGUGCCCUGCUGCUGGCAGACUAUAUCCUGUUCCGAAGGGACCUCUUCCAGGGACGCACCGUGCUGGAGCUUGGCGCGGGCACAGGGCUCGCCAGCAUUGUGGCGGCCACCAUGGCGCACACUGUGUACUGUACAGAUGUCGGCACAGACCUCCUGGCCAUGUGCCAACGAAACGUUACCCUCAAUAGCCACCUGGCUGCCACGAAAGGUGAGGGUGGUGUGGUCAAGGUCAAGGAGCUAGACUGGCUGAAGGACGACCUCUGCACAGAUCCCAAAGUGCCCUUUAGCUGGUCUGAAGAAGACAUCGCUGACCUGUAUGAUCAUGCCACUGUGGUGUUCGCGGCCGAAGUGUUCUAUGAUGAUGACUUAACAGAUGCCCUGUUUAACACGCUCUCCCGACUCGUCCACAGACUAAAAAAUGCCUGUACCGCCAUUCUGUCGGUGGAAAAAAGGUUCAACUUCACACUGAGACACUUGGACGUCACGUGUGAAGCCUACGAUCACUUCCGUGCCUCCCUGGACUCGCUGGAGAAGCUGGCUGACGGCAGGCUGCGCUUCGUGGUGGAGCCUGUGGAGGCCUCCUUCCCGCAGCUGCUCGUCUACGAGCGCAUCCGGCAGCUGGAGCUCUGGAAGAUCAUCGUGGAACCCACAGCAUGAGGCACCUGUGUGACUGCUUGACUAUUAUCUUAAUGCAUUUCAAAUAAAAACAGCCCUCUCCAGUCA